UAUUUGGGGCUUUUAUCCCUUCCAACUCCCUCCAGUCGAGCCCGAUGACUCAGACCCCCCUCAUUGGCUGGUUCCCGCCUUGAACCCCGCUGCACGUCACGUGCUCUGGCUCCUUCUCUCUCCCCCCCUCACCCUAUUUCACAGCGCCUACCCUGGUGUUUGCCUCACUCCGCGACCCAUAAGGCUGCACUACCCGAAGCCAGUCCCAGACAUCUUUGUUCUUUUCCUUUUUGUUUUGCUUUUCUUUUCUUUCCUUUCCUCUUCAAGUUUGCUCCGAUGCUUCGAGGCAGGUUUGGUUUUGUGCCUGGCUGACACAGUGUAAUCGUAGGGCUGGCAGAAGAAACUCUCGCAGCAGCAGCUCGCUGUCUUCCCUUGGGAUCCUAAGCCUGAUCCGCCGCCAGCUCCCGUCACCACUGCUACAGCACCCCAGACUAUUCCUGGGCCAUCUCCGCCUUUGCCUACUACUAAUGGAAACGGUUAUGCUCAACCUCAGCCGCCUGUGCCCCAGGCUAUGCCUAUCCCCGUACCGGCCGGACAGGCCACGGGUGAUCCGCGUAUUAAACCAGAGCCAAAUGUCAAGAUAGAGCCUGGUCUGGAAGGCAACCAAAUCCCUCAAGCCAUUCCCCAGGGCGACCCAAACAAUAUCGCACAGCAACGUGUCAUCGCACAACAGCGUGUCAUUGCACAGCUUCAGAACCAAUAUGGUGAACGAGCUGCUGCAUCCAUCAACAAGCUGAGGGAGCAACCUGGCGGCGGUGUCGCGCAGCCACAGAACCAACAAAGAAUGACAAAUACACCCGUGCCUCAGGGAUAUCCAGCUCAGUAUCAAAAUAUCCCUCAGCAGCAAUACCGACCCAAUGUGCCUCAAAAUCCCGGAGCUCAGCAGCAACAGCAACGCGUUCCCGUGGCUAACGGUCAGCGGCCUCCUAACUCUCAGCUUGACGGGGCAGGGGAAAGAGACAGCCAUGUUGGUGUUCUUAUUCAGCAGUCCCGCAAUGGUGAGGCUACUGAGAUGGGUCAGGUAGAGAUAGAUAAUAUCCUCCAUGCACAAAUUGCUGCAAGAGCUAAGGCUAUGGAAGGGGGCGGCUUAAUGGUACCCCUAAAGCAUGCUGGAAAGGGUAAGGGCAAGGCCAUCGCCCGUAAUUCUUCGGGUACACCCGCUGGGCCGUCUCGCUUCGACGGGCCAGAUGACGAUGUCAAGGAUGAAGAUGAUAUGGAAGAUGAUGAGGAUGCUAUUAACUCCGACCUCGAUGACCCUGACGACAAUGUCGAGGAGAACGAGGAUGAUGAAGAAGGUGGUCAGAUCAUGCUUUGCAUGUAUGACAAGGUCCAGCGCGUCAAGAACAAGUGGUGCGUCCCUCGUUGUGGAUUUCUAUUUGGAAUUCUUGGCUAAUCCUGCUGUAGGAAGUGUGUACUCAAGGACGGCGUUCUCAACGUCAAUGGAAAGGACUAUGUCUUCCACAAGGCGACUGGUGAGUAUGAGUGGUAGUAGCGUUAUGAGAUAUAUGGUUUUCUCAAUGAGUCACGCAUGCGGAGAUGAUUUACGAAGGUCCAGGAAUAUUUGACGCUCCGUUUCGUACUCUCUCUCUCCCUCUCCCUGAUGCCAUCCGCCAUUCUCCCACAAAAAUUCACCAAAAAAUAAAAUCAAAAUCGCAGAUCUUAUUCGCUUUUUAUGCCUUAUUCCUUCAUAAAUUGUCAGGCGUAAGGGGACAAGGGGGUUUUUUCCUUUGCUUUUUUUCUUUCUUCAUUUUAGACGUGGACGGGGCAAGAGGCAAGAUCAGGUGCGAGUGGAAUGAAUGGAUGAACGCUAACACAUACGUGCGUCUCGCCAAAAAA